CAAAGCUGCGCGACCGAGUCGAGAGAGCGCGCGCUCCUUCUGCUCCUGGCACUGCGCGUAAAAGUCGUGUCUUUGUUUUUACGCACGGCGCAGAGUGGAGAGAUUUCUCCUCAGAAACUCCUAUCUCCUGCAGAUGUAGUCAGUCCAUUAUAGUGGGAUUUUAUGUGGACUGGCUGUGUAAUUUUGUGUUUAAUUGGAAAAGCGCACGUGGAGGGAAACUCUCCACUACUGUUUGGUGUGUGCGCGCGCGUGUGUGUGUGUGUUCUGGAAGUAGACUUCAUUCUGUUGUAGCCUGUUGUGGUGACGCGAUUCUUGCGCUCUGAACAUCAAGCAUGGAUCCUUUAUUCAACACCACCGAGGCGCCAAACGGGACGGUCGGCUGCAACUGCACCAACAACGGAACCGGGUACUGGAACCAGUUCGUGCAGCCGGUGUGGAGGAUCGUCCUGUGGGCGACCGCGUACAGCUGCAUAGUCGUGGUGUCGGUGGUGGGCAAUGUGACCGUGAUCUGGAUCAUCAUGGCGCACAAACGCAUGAGGACCGUCACCAACUAUUUCCUCCUCAACCUGGCGUUCGCCGAAGCUUCCAUGUCCGCUUUCAACACGGUGGUCAACUUCGCCUACGCCGUGCACAACGAGUGGUACUUCGGACUGAUCUACUGCCGCUUCCACAACUUCUUCCCCAUCGCGGCUGUGUUCGCCAGCAUCUACUCGAUGACCGCCAUCGCACUGGACAGGUACAUGGCCAUCAUCCACCCUCUGCAGCAGCGCAUGUCGUCCACAGAGACCAAGGUGGUGGUCGGCGUGAUCUGGGUUCUGGCUCUGCUCCUGGCCUUUCCCCAGUACUACUACUCCACCACGGACCAGCUGCCUGGACGUGUGGUGUGCUACAUCGAGUGGCCUGAUUAUACCACGUUCGACUUCAAAAAGAUGUACCAUGUCUGUGUGACCAUCCUCAUCUACUUCCUGCCGCUGCUGGUGAUGGGCUGGGCUUACCUUUUGGUGGGCCUGAACCUCUGGGCCAGCGAGAUCCCAGGAGAUUCCUCUGACCGCUACAAGGAGCAGCUCACUGCCAAGCGCAAGGUGGUGAAGAUGAUGAUUGUGGUGGUGUGCACAUUUGCCAUCUGCUGGCUGCCCUUCCAUGUCUACUUCCUGCUGCACCAGUUCUUCCCUGAGCUGUUUGAAGAAACGUACAUCCAGCAGUUUUAUCUGGCCAUCAUGUGGCUGGCCAUGAGCUCCACCAUGUACAACCCCAUCAUUUACUGCUGCCUCAACGACAGGUUCCGUGCUGGUUUCAAACAAGCCUUCCGCUGCUGCCCCUGUGUCCCUCCAGGCUCUUAUGAAGGCCUGGAACUGAAGUCUACUCGAUACCUGCAGACUCAGACCAGCGUUUACAAGGGAAGCCGGAUGGAGACGAGCGUCUCCACCGUCCUUCAUGCCGGGGAGGACUCGGAGCAUCCCAAGGUCAAAGUUAGAGGAGGUCUCGGAUCAGGAGGGGCCGUCGUUGGCAUGCAGCCGCACAGUUCCUCCCUGGAACUGACUUCGAACGGCUCGUCAUCAAGGAGUGUCUCCAAAACCGUAUCUGAGACGUCCAGUUUCUUCUCCAGUAACAACCUGCAGGAAUAGUCCCGGUUUUCACCAGACCGUCGUCAGAGUGCGUGAGUUGACUGUUCACACGGUUGCUUUUGUCCUUCGAGGGAUUCGGGCGCCUGUCAGUUUCUGAGUGUGUUUUAAAGGAUCGUCAUCCUACAGACCUGGGCCCUUAUUCUCUGAGCACUGCCAUCAGCCACAGCCCUACUGAAGAAAAAAACUAAUUCAGAAGGAUUCAUGUUUAUCGUACACCAGAGCCAAACGGCAGCAAAUCAAGAUAAGCACAUUCCAGCUUGAAGGCCAAGCAGAAGCUGAAGCUGUCAUCUCCCAUCUUCACAGCUUCUGAUCGUCAGCACCGCUUCCUCUCAGUGCAGAAAAGAGGGGGCGGGGCUCACACUUUCUCGAUCACACAAGCCAUGUGACUUCACACUGUCUUUUUUGGACCGGAGCUGCUGUAUAGUGUGAGACCAGCGUGAUGCAGGCAGGGCCUGGCUUUAACAGAGGGGCUUCUCUGAAAGAUGAGAAAUUCUUCACACGUCUAGCUGAGUGAAGCCGCUGACGACAGGAGAGCUCCAACGUUUCCACCGUGAGGAACAAAGUAUCAAUUCUGAACUUUAGCAGAGAAUUUUGGCGGUUGUUGUUCGUGCGCGUGUGUGUGCAUAUGUGUGCCACUUGAACCGAAUACUAAUUCUUAUCAGCCUGAGCAGGACCGCAUUGGGAAUCCACCAUGCAGGAUGUGUGUGUAUCUCCCCAAAAGAGCGCUCCAAAGAUCCCCUAUGGGCUUUUCUGAGAAGUUCUGGCAAUCAGUGCAAAACACCAGCAGCGACUGGCUCAUCUUUCAUCUGUCA